GUUUGGACGGACAGACACGUCACGAUGGCAACGAAGAAGUCGGCGAAGCCCGAUGACCAAGUCAAACUUAAGAAGAUUCUGGAUGAGCUGAUGAAGCGAGAGGAAAACAGAUUCUGUGCAGACUGCGGGGCGCGUGGACCUCGAUGGGCGUCGAUCAACUUGGGGGUGUUCAUCUGCAUUGCGUGCUCUGGCAUCCACAGAAGUCUUGGCGUCCAUCUUACGUUCGUUCGGAGUGUCAACCUCGAUGCAUGGACGACGGAACAAGUGACGCAAAUGCAAAGGUGGGGCAACGCCAAGGCCAAAGAGUACUUUGAGGCCCUCGUGCCCAAGGACUACCGCAUUCCCACAGAACACUCGCCUGUGCGAGACAAGGAGAUUUGGAUCCGCGACAAGUACGAGCGCAAGCGCUUCGUUUCGCGCGAUGCAGAGGACCCGACUGCGAAACGAACGAACAGCAGCAGCAGGUCCAAGAAAGUCGUGGAGUCCGAGAGCGAAGCGUCCGAUGCUGAAGAGCAACCAGCCCCUGCGCGAAGAGGCACGGCGAAGGCAGCGGCGGCUCCUGCUCCCGCCGCAGACAUUUUGAACUUUGGUGAUUUUUCCACACCGGCCCCCACCGCCGCCCCUUCUGGUGCAUUCGGCAACUUCGGAGCUCCGCCUGCCCCAGCGCAGACAUUUGACGCAUUUGCCGCACCGCCACCAGCGGCACCCAAGCAAGACGAAUGGGCUGCGUUUGGAGGAUUGUCUCAACAGAGCAACUUUGGCAGCAACUCGGCAGCCCAAGGUCAAUUUGGUAGCACAUCAAAGGGCAGCGAUCCGUUUCAACAGGGGAGCCACCAGGCGGCCAAGAACAACAUCAUGGCAAGCUUUGGAACCCCGCAGCCCCCCCAAAACGCGUUCGGAAACCUCGGCCAGCCCCAACAGCCCUUUGGCCAGCCACAAGGGUUUCCUCAACCUGGCGGGUUCCCUCCCCAGCAAGGCUUCCCGCCUCAGCCUGGUUUUCCUGGUCAACCGUUUCCACAGCCUGGCUUCGGAUGUCCUCAGCCUGGAUUUGGAGGACCCCAGCCUGGUGGAUUUGGCGGCGCGACCCAGCCCGGGUUCGGUGGCCCUCAGCCUGGUGGAUUUGGUGGUCAACAGCCUGGUUUGGGCGGAUUGGGUGCACCACAAGGUAUUUUUGGCGGCGCUCAGCCUGGUUUUGGUGGCCAGCAGCAGCCCGGAGGCUUUCCCCAGUCUGGUCUAGGAAGCCUCGGCCAACAGCCACAGCAGCAGCAACAACAAGGAGGUGGUGGCGCAUUUGCCAGCAUCAACCCCCUUGGAGGUCAAGGCGGGUUUGGCGGCGCCCCACCAGCAGCUAACCAGUCCGGUGUGGUUGGAAUGUCAGCGUUCGGCUCCGGCCCGAAGAACAACGCUCCUUUGAGCCAGCCUCCUCAGCAGUUUGGACAACAGCCUCCGUUUGGUGGCGCUGCCCCCGGGUAUAGCCAACCCGGCAACUUUGGUAGCAAUGGGAACCGAGGUGGUGUCAUGCCUGGCGGGUUUCCUCAAGGUGGUGGGUUAGGUGGCCAACCUUUUGGCCAGCAAGGAGGUAUGGGCCAACAACCGCAGUAUGGCCAGCCGCAGUUUCAGCAACCGCCCCAGCAACAAGACAAUCGGUUUGGAAGCUUCGGCGCGAUGGCUGGCAUGGGUCAACAGCAACAACAACCCAAUCGCGGUGGUGGUGGGUUCCCUCCCCAACAACAGCAGCAACAGUCGUCGAACGCAAACCCGUUCUUCUAAGCCAGCCUCCCACGAAAUGGACUGUUCUGCUUAAUCCAGAAGCAGUCAUAGCCAUCAAUACCUUUCGCUUCGACUGAUUGAAGGUAUUGCUGCUUUAGCGCACCACACACCGCUGCGUUGUGGCGCCGCACGUCCACCGUGCCGACAAGAUCAAGAUGGCGCUGUUCUUUUUGACCAAUCAGAGACGUCCACCUGAUUAGACUGGAUAUUUGUAUGGUGGCAAAUAAAUCGCCAUAGUCCAUACAAA